AUGGUUCAAUUACAUAUGGGACUUGUCGCGGCCGCUACAUACAUCACAGUAGCAUGUGUCCUUCAUAGAGCGGAAGCUCAGAAACGGCUCAGGUUGGCUGCUGCAGCGGCCAUUUUACGAGGGGGGCCGAUGAUACCUUUACCACUACGUUACCCUGUGCAUGUUGCCCGCCCGAAAAUCAUUGAGAUGCCGAUACAUCAUCAAGUACCUAUUGAAGUCCCGGUACAGCAUUACAGUCAUUCGAUGAAGAGGGUUUCCAUCCCAGUGCACGGCCAUAGUCACUCCGAGAAGCAUGUAGCGCUAUAUUCUCGCAGCCACCCGCAUUUGCGCUCCGAUAAGGAUGUUCACGUACCGAUUUAUCACCACCAUGAGAGCCACUCGCAUUAUCCAACAUACCACGAGCAGCAGCACCAUCACCAGAACCACGGAGAUGAUAGCCGUGGAUACGAAGGAGACAGCUGCGAAGAAGAACAUGGCCGACACGGUCACGCAGGACACGAAGAUGGUCAUACUGCGGCCGCUAAUGAACGCCAUGGAUGGCGUAGUGAAGCUCACGGUAGUGGACACAGAGGCAAUGUGGCAACUGCCGAUAAGGGCUAUUCCGAGAGUGGCAGCAGCGGAAGCGCUGAGGACCUUGGCUGGCGGAUUUUUACCAUGGCAGAUGGUAAAAAUCGCUCGAUGUAG